ACAAUGGCGAGAUUCCUCGCCACAAUCAAGGCUAUAUUAACGCGAUUGGUUUUCGCCGCUCACGGUUUCAUUGCGAUUUGGCAAGUGACAACUUUCAAGAAAAAUCCGCUCUUCUGGUACCUCAGUUGUCCUAUCCUGUUAUUAUUCUUUGAGGGAAUUUUCACUCUCACCAUCAAGGAAAAUCAAGAGUGGAAAUGGUUUUGCCCAUCCGUCUUCCUGUAUCUCAGCAGCGUCGUUCCCGCAAUUUGGCUCCUGGAAUUAGACAAAGUUGAAAGAAGAAUACGCGUGCGAGAACCUAACCUCAAUAUAUCCGAGACCUUCGAUUUAACGAAUUUAGCUAGCGCUGACUUGAAGCAUCUGGAGAGAGCUUUUGGAGUGAACAUCAAGUUACCCGACAUCCAAAUAUCUACCGAGACCUGGGUGACGUUAAUCGAGCAAUUUUUAAUGCUAAUAUUAAUAAUCGGUAGAUGGAUGUUACCAAAAGGAGAGUUAACUCGCGACCAGUUGAGCCAGCUGCUUUUGGUGUACAUCGGAACUGCGGCUGAUAUAAUCGAGUUUUUUGAUUCCUUUAAGGAAGAUAGGAUAGCUCGAGAGCCGGUACUUGUGUAUUUGACUCUAGGAAUAUGGGCAUGGUCGUUGAUGCAAUUUACAGUCGUAUUGACCGCUACGAAGUCGAGGAAAUCCAGAUUGUCUUCCGGAAGUGCUAUCAAGAAGAAGGUGCCUACGGAAACUAGUUGCUGUAGUAUCGACGUUUGGGGAAUCGCUUUAAACAUGGUUCUUCAGGACGGACCGUUUCUGGCGUUCAGACUGAUCCUGAUAAUUCAUUACCAGAUAGUCAGUUACAUGAAUAUCUUCUUUACGUGCAAGAACACGCUGGUGAUACUUCUGCAGCUGUACAGACUUUACGUCGUGCAAAGCGAAAGUAAAAUUAAGAGGAAGGAAAAGUUGCGGAAAUACGAGAUGCCGAGUAUAAGCAUUAUCUCACGGGCAGACAUGUAUGACGAUAAUAGAUAUAGGAAGCGUCGAGAAGUGGACAAAUCGAGGAAACGCCGUCUAAAAGACUUGGAAGCGAGUUAUACGGACUCCGAGGACUCUACCGAAGAGCUGGACAGAUAUGAGCACUCACCGAGGAAUUUGGAACGAAAGAAACGACGCGCCAGACAAGACACCGGAUACUCUACUUCCAGUUCCAGAAAUUCUUCCAAGCUCGACAAAAUCCAGAAGAAAAGAGAGAAUAAGAGAAAUUCCUUUCGGGGACAGGAAACCAGACGCGAACGCAACAUCGAGGACGACGGACGAAGAAAAAGAGUCGAUAAAGCUAGCGAGAAUAGGAAAGAGAGAAAAUCAGCGGAAAGUUCGAAAUGCAACGCAAAGUCGAAACUCGAAAAUUCCGGAAAAAGUCGCAAGGACAGGAUUGAGACGGAAGAUUCAACUUCUUCAGGAGAGGACGUCGAUAAGAGUAAAACCGCUUCCGAGGAUGAUCAAUCCGAAUCUGACAGGAGGUAG